AUGUUUAAUAAAUCAAUAGUUUAUCCACAAUAUACCUCCAUAGAUGCAAUUAUGUCAUCAGUGACCAUAGAUGAUGAAAAUUAUUGGCACCCUACAUAUUAUUCCUACAAUGCUAUAAGUAAAAACUCAAAAGACAUUUCAAAUAAUAGUGAAAAUUAUAACAUAAUGGAUAAACUAAUGAUUCCUAGGUCAAUCAAAUUAAAAGAAUUGAAAUUAAUUCCUGCGCCAUUACCUGCUUUGCAUCAUCAUAAUUAUGAUACUUUUGUCAUCAAUAAUUCAAAAUGUAUUUGGUUGAAAGAACUAGAGACUCAAUAUCAAUACUUAGAGUCAUUGGCUGCGAAAGUUGUUGAAAAUAUAUGUAUAGUUAUAAAACAUGCUUGGAAAUAUAAUAAAGAAUUACACGCUGAAUAUGCACAACAAUUCUUGAUUUUAUUCAAAUCAAUAUUUGAUGAAAUUAAACCAAUAGAUUGUUCAUUACAAAUUCAAAGAGUAUUAAUCAAAAUAUAUGACGAUGUAUAUUUCAACAGAUAUGUUCAAAAUAUAAUCAAUAACUUAUUUUUAGGUUUGGAUAAUUCAAAUCUAAGGUUAUUAAUCUUAGGUUUAUUGAUUGAAGAAUAUCAUUAUCUUUUACCUGAAUUUGAAUUUGUUUUAGGUAUAUGUAGUUUGGGUUUGGAAAUUAUGAGAAUAAAAUUAUUUGAAACUAGCCCAUUGAAAAAUAUUAGUGGAAUAUAUAGUGAUAUUUAUUCAAAUUAUAAUUUGAAUUUUAAUUUGAAAGAUAAGAUUAAAAAUAAAGAUUGGAAACCAUCUAGAAGAAUUGUUAAGUUUACCAAGGUAUCAAGUAUAAAGUGA